AUGGCGUUCCGCCAGAUUUGCGUUGUCCAGCCCCCGAAGCCGUCUGCCGAGGUGGAGGCUGAGGAGACCAAGCCAGGAGCCUCCUCCGAUCCUGCGCGCCAGCAGUUGGAGCUUCUCCAUCCUCUCUUCAAGCGGCUAGUGCAGAACCUUCUCCUCAUGGACUCCUGGGCGCAGCAGGCGUGCAUCGACAUCCUGAUGAGAUACUCGCGUCUCUUCUUCGCCUCACCAGAGCUGAAGCAGGAUGGCUCAGAGGGCGCCAACCGAAUGUCCGAGGACCAUGAGGCGCUGGUGAAGAACCUGAAGCUCCUCCUCUUGUCGAACAGCAAAGGCGUCACGCUGGCAGCGGCAGUGGCUUUGUGCUACCUUGCCCCACCCGAGGAGCUCAGCUGCGUCACAAUGCCGCUGAUGCGCUGUUUCCGUCAGGCCACGCCCGAAGCGACCACCACACUGCUGGUGGCCAUGGCACCCCUCAUCGAGGCGCAGCCAGGGCUCUUCCGGCCUUUGCUGCGCGAGUUCUUCGUGCAGUCCUUCGACUCGUCUGAAGUGAAGCGCCUCAAGUUGGAGGUCAUUGAGAACCUCGUAGACGAGACCAACGUGCAGAUGGUUCUGCGGGAGCUGCAGGUCUACGUGUCCUGGCACUCGCAGCCCGAUUUCGACCAUGGAACUGGGCAACUGCUUGAAGCCAAUUUCUACUCGAGGGAACCUGUACAAGGUAUCAUGGCCUUCUCAGCUGCAAUACGGUCGAUGUUCCUGAUGUACGGCAGUCGUCACUCGUCCUCCGCUGCUGACUGGAUGCAAAAGUCUGCUGGGGCGAAGGAUCCGUCUCGGGCAGGGACAGGGACGGACGCCGCGAUGUCCUUCGACGGCAUCUACGGCCAGGCGGCUGUCACGCGCAACGGCGCCGAGGGGAAGACAGGAGACAGGCAGGAUGCAGCCGCUGCCGCCCCUGCGCGUCCACUCGGGCUAUCGGGACUCCGCCGUCGCUUCGCCAAAGGGCAGAAGCUCUCGAUGGUUACUGCCUACGAUUUCCCCUCCGCGCGAUUUGCACGAUCAGCGGGGGUUGAAUUGGUUCUUGUCGGGGACAGUCUCGGGAACUGCCGGCUGGGACUUUCCGACACCGUCGGUGUCACGAUGGAGGACAUGCUGCGUGCCACCACGGCCGUCCGUCGCGGCGUUGACACGGCUGCGGGCACCUCGCCGAAGCCGCUGGUCAUUGGAGACAUGCCCUUCGGUUCAUACCUGACGCCCGAAGAUGCACUGCGCAAUGCAGCAGCAUUUCGAGUCGCAGGCGCGGACAUUGUCAAACUGGAGGGCGGAUGCCACCUGGCCCCUCUGGUGAAGUCCUUGACCAACGCCGGAAUUGGCGUGAUGAGUCACAUUGGCCUGGAGCCGCAGCGUGCGCUACUUCAAGGAGGAUUUCGACUGCAAGGCACCACAGCCACCAGCGCUGUGGAGAUUGUCAGCGCUGCUAAGGAGCUCGUGCAAGCGGGUGCCGUGGUGCUGGUCCUCGAGAUGGUUCCAGAGGAGGUUGGCUUAGCCGUCCAGUCUUCACUCCCCGAGACGCCGGUCAUCGGCAUCGGCGCAGGGGGCCGCGUCGCGGGCCAGGUCUUGGUGUGUGACGACAUGCUGGGCGUGCACGGCAGUCCCCCAUCCUUCGCAAAGAUGUUCGCCGACGUGGGCAAGGUGUCGGAACAGGCCUAUGCCACCUACGUGGAGGAAGUGCGAAGCGGCGAGUUCCCGGGGGACAAGCACAGCCGGCGCAUGACCGAGGUCGAGCGGGAAAAGCUGCAGGGAAUGCUUCCCGAGGUGCAGCUGGUGCCUCCGCCGGCCGAAUAUCUUCAGGAGGUGUCGGAUUCCGCGGAGGCUGUGCCGGCGCCCUCUGCCUCUCCAGCUGCGUCCCGCAGCCAAGGAGCCUUCGGCUUCGAGUUCCUUCCUGGCGGCCGGCUGCUGCCGGUGCAGCGCCUUGCAGGGCCCAGACGCUUAGCCGCAGGCACGCGCGGAAUCGCCCAGGCCGCAACUGACAGCGGUUACAAGCCCCAGCUGCAGCAGCUGCUCUCAAACGCCGACCUCUUUGCCUGGCGUCGGCGAAUGUCCGAGCAAGGCCGUCGAGUCGCGCUGGUGCCCACCAUGGGCAACUUGCACGAAGGCCACCUGGAGCUGGUGGACGCAGCCCUCGAGCGGGCAGACGAGGCGAUUGUAUCAAUUUACGUGAACCCUUCCCAAUUCGCAUCCCACGAGGAUCUGGAUAUCUACCCGCGCACCCUCGAGGAGGAUGUGCAGAAGCUGCGCGAAAGAGGCGCCACCGCCGUCUUCACGCCUCUCUCUCCGGAGUUGUAUCCGACUGGAAGCCCUGGGAGUACCGUGGUGGUGCCCAAGUUCGUGGAGGGCAAGAGUGAGGCCGCCGAUCGCCCGCACUUCUUCUCUGGCGUCGCGACUGUCUGUCUGAAAUUCUUCAACCUCGUUCAGCCAGACGUCGUGAUUUUUGGGCAGAAGGAUGCGAUGCAGUGCGUGGUGAUUGCCCGCAUGCUCGAGGAUCUGAUGUUGCACGACCGCAUCACUAUGCAUGUGGUACCCACCUCUCGAGAAGCAGAUGGGUUGGCCCGAUCUUCUCGGAAUUCGUACCUCACGCCGAGCAUGCGCCAGAAGGCACCGGCCAUCUACCGAGCUUUGCGCGCGGCCACGGGGGCGGCGGAUGCCUCCCCAGGCUCUGUCCGCACGCAGGUCCGCCGGGAUCUUGAGAGCCAGGGCCUGACCGUGAGCUACAUCUCCGUGGCAGACACUCGCUUCAUGGACGAGAAAGCUGACGAGGCAGAUCUCAGCAACUCGGUGGUCAGCAUCUGCUGCGUGAUGAAGGAGGAGGGAGCUCGCACGUGCCGACUGCUGGACAACCUCCUGGUGCCGGGGUCCAGCUGA